AUGGCGACAUGCCAGGAAUCCAGACUUCCAAGGCCACCUCAUGGGAAGCUCCAUAAGGGUAGAUUAGGAAACAGAAGGGAGCUAGAGACCACCAUUUCCUCCUCUCUUUUUCACUUUGCUGGUAUACCCACUGUGGGCAAUGUGGAAGAAAAAAUUGGCAAUCUGCUUUGCUUUCUCAUUCCCUUGUCUGUAUCCACAGAGAAGUUCCAGGUGAUUGGUCCCAAGGACCCCAUUGUUGCAGUGCUGGGUGGAGCCAUCACACUGCCCUGCUCCCUGUUCCCUGCCAUGAAUGCGGAGAACAUGGAGCUGCGGUGGUCCCGGUCCAUCUUCCCAGAAGCGGUGUUCAUCUAUGAGAACCAGCAGGAGCAGAAGGAGGAGCAGAUGCCACAGUACAAAGGGCGGACCUCUCUGGUGAGAGACUUCCUCACUCAGGGGAAGGCGGCUGUACUCAUCAACAAGGUUCGGGUUUCUGAUGAUGGGUCAUACAUCUGCUUCUUCAAGAACGGAGAUUUCUAUGAAGAGGCCAUUUUGGAGGUGAAGGUGGCAGGUGUGGGAUCUGACCCUCAAGUGCACAUUGAGGGACCAGAGGAAGAUGGAAUCCGCAUGGUGUGCACAGCCUCUGGGUGGUAUCCGAAGCCUCAGGUUCAGUGGAAAGACCCGAGUAGGAAAAAAUUCCAGGCUGUCUCUGAGGCCCAUGCUCAAGAUGCUGAGGGGCUGUUCAGUGUGGAGGCCACGCUGGUGGUGAGAGACAGCUCUGUAAGGAACGUGACCUGCUCCAUCUUUAACCCCGUCCUGGGUCAGGAGAAGGUGAAGAUGAUUUUCAUCCCAGAGCCCUUUUUCCCUCAGGCUUUUUCACCUUGGAUGCCAGUUUUUGUGGUGAGUCUGACCAUACUGAUGAUCCUCAGCUUAGGGCUUGGCUAUUUUCUCAAGAAAGAACAUUCAGCAAAGGUGCUCGUGCAGAAGGAUUGGAAGAUUCUUGAGCAGACUAAGGAGGAGGAGGAGAAGGAAUGGAAGUUGGCCAUGAAGGAGGCAGAUGAAUUCCAGAGAGAGCUGGACUGGAGGAAGGCGAUUUAUCACACUGUCUCACUAGCAGUGUGUUCCCUUUCAGCCUGGAGAAAGGCCCAGCUGUAUGCAGACUGGCGGAAGGAGCACUUUCAGAUUUGGUCUGCCACUCUGGAUCCACAUUCUGCCCAUCGCAAUCUUGACCUCUCACAAGAAAACAUGAGUGUGACCUGGAAGAAUAACUGUGAAGUCCUGGACAAUAGAUGCAGUGUGUUGGGCACCAAGGGCAUCAUGUCAGGGCAAUAUUACUGGGAAAUAAAAGUCAGUGAUGAAUACAACAGCGAGUGGGCUGUGGGAGUUUGUAGGGAAGAUGUGCGAAGGAAUGGGUGGUUCAGACAGUGCCCAGAAAUAGGGUUUUGGGUUGUAGAAUAUGUAUACAAUUGCUAUUAUGCCUACACUACUCUAUAUACAAGAACAACAACAGCUUAUACAUACCGAUGUCUUAAAAAGGAUUCCCGCCACAUAGGGGUUUUCCUGGACUACGAUGGUGGAGAUGUCUCUUUCUACAAUAUGACUGAUGGGUCUCAUAUUUUGUCAUUUUCUCAGAUUUCCUUCUCUGGGACCCUCUUUCCAUAUUUCAUGAUUAGGUCAGGAACCCCAUCCCUCACUAUCUGUUCCAUGGUAGAUGGGCCCAAGGGAACACCUGUGCAUCUUAACAAAUUGCCUUCUUCUUUGAAUGAGCAAAUGAGUCCUCCAGAAGAGGGGUUGAGAUCUGGCUCUGGUGGUGAUGAUGUUUUCCCAGGGGUUGAAUGCCCAUUACUCCUCUCUGGCCCCAGGAUUGUGCCCCCAUAA